AGUUCCGCAGCGCUAGCGACUCCGGUGAGCAACCGAGUGAGUGGGCAACCAGGCGUAACACUUUCAAGAAGAAGAAGAUGAGUUCCGGCGGCGGCAGGGGCAAGGCGAAGGGCACCAAGGCGGUGUCGAGGUCGUCCAAGGCCGGGCUGCAGUUCCCCGUCGGCCGCAUCGCGCGCUUCCUCAAGACCGGCAAGUACGCCGAGCGCGUGGGCGCCGGCGCGCCCGUCUACCUCUCCGCCGUGCUCGAGUACCUCGCCGCCGAGGUGCUGGAGCUGGCCGGGAACGCGGCGCGCGACAACAAGAAGAGCCGGAUCGUGCCGCGCCACAUCCAGCUCGCGGUGCGCAACGACGAGGAGGUCAGCCGCCUGCUCGGCGCCGUCACCAUCGCCGCCGGCGGGGUGCUGCCCAACAUCCACCAGACGCUGCUCCCCAAGAAGGCUGGCGGCAAGGACAAGGCCGAGAUCGGGUCCGCCUCCCAGGAGUUCUAAGCCCGCCCCCGCCGCUGCCUUCUGAUUCGAACCAAACUUGAAUAGGAAGGACCACUUCCGAAGCUUCUUUGAUCAGCAGUACUUGCGAUGCACGGUGUCUAUGGAUGUAUCCAUCUGUCUGUUCUUGCUUGUUUGAUGUAUCUAUCUGUCAAUCAGUCUUGCUGGAAUGGAUGAAAAGAUCGAUUGCUAUUACUUGCUGUGAA